CUCCUGCUGUUACCCAGGAGAAAGAAUCCAUUAGCACCGACAUAGACAUGAUACAUGGAUUUAUUUAGAUUGAAAGGAUGGCUGAAUGCGUCAAACUUCCCAAGAGCAUUGUGGAUAAGUCCUGGGACUUGUAUAAACAGGUACAAAAAAGCAUACAAUUAAAAACGUUUACAAACGAUGCCAUCGCGACGGCGUGUGUAUACAUAGCCGCUCGCCAAGAAAAAUACGUGCUAUCAUUCAAAAAUAUCCGUCACGCCAGCAAAUGCAGCAAGAAAGCGAUAGGCAAAUGUUUCGUAAGCAUCCUAAACCUUCUAAAUAUCAAACUGGAACCUGUGUAUACGGACCCGUUCGUGAAUAGUCUCUGCAACGAUUUGGAUUUGCCUCCACAUGUUAAGCGUAUAUCGCACCACAUCGUCCUGGCAGCUGAGACGAUGAAAAUCGUGCCUCAGUGCGAUCGUCAGGCAAUUAUUGCGGCGGCCAUUUUUAUGGCUUCUCAGGUGUCCCGCGAUAAGCGAACCCAGAAAGACGUCGAGAACAUCUCUGGCGUGGCGGGCGAAGCCAUCUGGGAAGCAUACAGGUGCAUGUAUCCACAUGCAUCCGACCUUAUCCCCAUUAACUUGGAGCUGAUAGCGCACAUUCAGGCUCUGCCUAGAAUUUAGAUGGUACCUACACCACAGGUUAACAUUACAGUGGAAGAGUUUAUUCUUUUGUUUGCAUCUACCUAUUAGAUAUAUA